AUGCGGCUUCUAGCGCUGCUGGCUCUGACCUUCACAGGUGCGAGCGCCAUGUCCAGUAUGACAUUGGGACGCACCCACAUGACGGUGAAGGUGCGGGAGGACAAGGUCCUAUACAAACCCAAGGAGGGAAUGAUGUCUGCCACAUAUCCAGUCUUUGAGUUUGACAAGGCUGAGUGGGAUCGUAUGGUGGGCGAGGCUACGGAUGGGAUGGUCAUCGAGUACGACGUGGAGAGCCACUCCAGCAGUACCAGUGCCGGGGGUGAAGGAGCGGUCCCAGAAGGUGGCUUUACGCAUCCCUACACCAAGCUCCUUGGCGAUCCCGAACAACGAAUGGCCCCCUACGUUUUUAACGUGACACAUAUUUUUAGUAUAAUAUAUAUAUAG